AUGUUACAGGGUACACUCUUCCGGAAAACCGCUGAUUAUUAUGGCGCUACCAAAGCCUGUCAGAGCAUCGACGGUGAGUUGUUGACGAUUGGCAGCGCAGAGGAAAAUCAGGCGGCGUUGGAGUUCAACUUCGAUGGACAUCUGUUGAUGACCGAGUAUCCAGUAUUAAUGCUGGGCCCAAGGUUUAAGGGUGAUCCUCGACAGCUGGAAGGUACCAAGGGUGAGAAAGGUCUCUACUCUCGUUUCCAUCCCGUUGAACCGAACAAUGUGGGAGGUGUGGAAAAUUGCAUAGAACUUUGGACAUACGAUGCUAAAGGCGCGCAUACAGGCCUCUGGAAUGAUGUUAGCUGUGAUACCACGCGGCAUAUGUUUGUUUGUGAGAGACCAUCUGGUGAUUUUCCUGCUGAAACGACGACGAAGCCGCCGAAACAGGCGACACUUGCGAAACCCUCAGACCAAAAAUGCCCUGAAGGAUGGAUCCACAUGGACGCAUUUUCAAAAUGCUACAAGCCCUUUGCCGAAGCGUCAACCUACGAAGAGGCAGCAAAGAAGUGCGGUUUGCUGAAUUCGGAAUUGUUGACGAUCGAGAGUUGGCAGGAGAACAACGCUGUGGCCGAACUUAAAGUCGAUGGCGAAUUAUUCCGAAAACAAUGGGUCAGAUUAUGGCUUGGCCCCAGGUUUCAGAAAAAUACGCGCAUGUUGCUGACACCAAAGAACGAACCUGUGCACUACACCAACUUCUAUUCAAACAACGACUAUGCCGAGCCGAAUAAUGUGAACGACAGCGAGUAUUGUAUCGAGUUUUGGAAACUCGACUACAAAGAGCCUUAUCUGCCAAACAGGAAUUUUACGAAGACUUGGAAUGAUGUAUCUUGCGAUGGAGAACUCGAUGCAUUCAUUUGUGAACUUCAUCUU